GAAUUUUGUCUGACCAGGUUGCCAUUCUGUGUCGCAAACUCGCAACCAAUCCGUACCGGAAUCACGGGAGAUGUGGACGUGCCCAGAUGAAAUUCCAGCGGUAGAUGCCAACCUUGUGUCCGGCGACCGGCGUGCUCCGGUUGCCGGGGCUGGGUGGGCAACACACAAAUCUAGUGCCUGGCACCUGGCAGCAACGGCGGAGAGACGAUGCGCGCCAGGUAGAUCCUCAGCACGGUCUGAAAUCUGCAAGGAGGUGGGGGCGAAAGCAUGCGCUACUAUGCUAGAAGCUCCUCAUCCCGGUCGGUAAACGCCACUGCCGCCGCGAGCUCACCUCCGACGGGACGGAACGAAGCCGCUGCCACCCGAGGGAACCGCGUCGACCAAUCCCACCCUAACGACAUCGCCUCAGCACCAGCAAGCUGGCCACACCAAUCCCCCGGCCUCGCGCCCCUCGAGCCCCCGAUCCAAAUGGUGCAGGCGGACCAGUAGCGGCGCCCACCGCGCCGCCAAUUGGCACUGCGGCCGCCACUACGUCCGAAAAACUCGCGAUCGUGGGACCUCCGAUCCCGUCCCAUGGUCCCGCCGGCCUGUCCGUGCCUUCCCAAGUUCCUAGCACCACCGCCGCGCGCCGCGCCGGUGCCGAGGGAGCGGCAGCAGUAACCGGCAGGCGAAUUUGAAUCCAGCUGCGCGGCGGGGCGAACUCGCUCUCAUGCGCAGGCGUGGCUUGGCGUUCAGCGUCGGCCCCAACCGCGGCCGACCCUCGUGCGCCGGGGCUACGACCGUUCGGGGCCCUCCCUGCCUCCACGCGGAAGCUCUUCUUCCUCCCUCAAGACGCGAACCCCGUUGCCUCUCGGGUCAUCUUCGCCACACCGUCCUGCCCGGACCGCCGUGGCGCUCUGCCUCGAUCUACCAAAUCCAUGGCUCGGCACGAGGAUGCGGACGCAGAACAAUCACUUCCAUCCGCCAGCGCGUUGUCUCGCCGUCGGAUCGCGGGAUGGGAGAUACGAAACCAACCAGGUACCAGUGGCACAUACAUCAUGAGAAUGAAGAGUUGAACCAAGAUGAGAAGUGGUAGUGUGCUGGAUCCUCCCCUCUUUUUUUUGGAAGAAGGCAGGAGCGUUGCCUUGAACAAUUAAGGAGGAGCGUUCCUCCCCUCUUGAGCUGUAUCCAAUAUAUAUCUCUCUCCCGCACAUCUUCCCUGGAUACCGUGCUCCUCUUGCACUCCCCCAAAACGCAGCUCCCUCAGCCAAUCUUCCCCAGAGCGCGGCUAGGCACAGGCAUAUGACUUUUCACUCCAUAGAAUCGAGUAGGGCCCAGAUCUGAUUGAUUCCCUGAUGGUCUGGUAGUACUGGGUUACCUGCUAUGGGGAGAAGAGCUCAACAAAGUGCAGUAAUUCCCCAUUCGAUCCAAAUGGACUGGCCUUGCUUCAAAGGCAUCUGAAGUAUGGACCCCUCUGAACUUCCGGAGCUGUCCCGUACUGCUAUGUUGAUCUGCUGCAAGGUGUGUGGAGGACCUGAAGAGGUGGACAAGAGGUUCCUGAUCUGUGACCACUAUCUUUGCCUGUACAAGUACUACCACAUUAGUUGCCUGACUACCGAGCAGAUUGCAAGUGAUGUGCAGAUGGGCAGCCAGCGCUGGUACUGUCCAUCUUGCCUCUGCCGUGUCUGCCUGUGCGACACGGACGAUGACCAGAUCAUCCUGUGUGACUGCUGCGAUCAGGGCUAUCAUCUCUACUGCCUCAGUCCUCCAAGAAGAAAGGUGCCCAAGGGGCAUUGGGACUGCGAACCCUGCAAGGAGCGGAGGGAGAAGGAGAAGAGGAUACUGAUGCUCCACAGGAAGGAUUACGAUGAAGACAUCCUGAAGAGUGGCGAGUUCCAUGGACCGAACUUGCUGCUUAAGGCCGCGAAAAAGGUGAAGCGCGAUGAGGAGGUGAAGGUGGCUAAGACUAAGAGCACCAGAAAGUAAGAGGCAUGGAGAUUGUGAGCGAGCGGAUUUUGUGUUCUCUGCCAUGAUCAGCUAGCGCCAAGUUUCUGCCCUGGGAGGCUCAGCUCUGCCCAGCUGAAUGGGACGGGCGGCUGAGGGCCGUAGAAACCUGUGCUUUCUGAACUGAAUGGUUAGAGAACAUGAAUUCGCUAGAAUUGCUCCAGUCUAUUUCUUUACAAUCGUUUCUUUCAACCCGGCAGGGUCAUACUUGACAAACUUGCCAGCGCCUGAACUUGAGAAGGUUGUGAUCACCCGUGAUGCUUUUAAACCCCGUGAUGCUUUUAAUGGUUUAUGAAACUGGAUCUUGGUAGACUUAAUUACCCGUGAUGCUUUUAAUGGUUUAUGGAACUGAAUCUUGGUAGAAUUAAAGUAUCUGUUGCUGUGUUGAGAAAUGUUAUGGUUUCUAGUUC